GAAUUAUCUGCGGUUCCCAAGGAAACGUUUGUUGUUGGUGUUUUAAUCUUUGCGCCUAUGUCAAAGUAUUUUCGUCUGCCGUAAACAAACAUGGCUUAUUCUGUUAACAUAUCUGUUGAGGCUCCUAUUGAAAAUCAGAUACAGGAAAUAUCAUAUGAUGGGCAGGAAAUCUAUCAGAGCCCCCUCUCUAUGUCAGAGAACCUUGCGAAAUUGGCUCAGAAAAUUGAUUUUAGUAAAACUGCUGUGGAUGACUUGAAGAAAGAUAAUGGAGAAAACUUGGACAAAAGCGACGAAGAGUCGUCAGCGAAAGACCCAGUCAACUACCAGUCUUCUUUGUGGCCAUGGGACUCUGUUAGGAACAAAUUAAGGAAUGCCUUAACAGAAGUCUGUGUUUUGCAUGAUGUAUUGGUCAUUGCUAAAGAAAAACGUUAUAUGGUUCUUGACCCAGUUCCACAAGAAAACAUAGAGACAAAGGCAAUGGUGCAAGUGUAUGCAAGAAAAAAGGCCUUAGCAGCAGCAGCGUCAGUUCUUUUAACUGGUGCCGAAAGACUGAGAACUUCACAGAGCGAACUGGUGCGAAAUAGAAAUGUUCCUGAUUUUCACAUAGAGCUUCUAAGACUGAGACAGAACUGGCGGCUGAAAAAAGUAUCAAAUUCUAUAAUUGGAGACUUGAGCUAUAGAACAGCUGGUUCCAAAUAUGCACAAACGGGGAUGUUUGAAGUAACAAAAGCAGAAGAAGAACCACAGCAAGGAACAAGUCCUCCACCAUCCCCAGGAACAGGACCCUUACCAAAGCCAAGUUCAGCACUGCGUGUCACAGUGCCUAGUGAGCUUCAAGGUGUCGCAUAUAUUGAAGUACUGUGUCAGAAAGAUCAAGAAGAUUUGUGCAGUGCUACAAUUAACCUACUUGGGUCAGGGCCUACAAGUACAAAUGCUGAUGUCCACUGGCAACAAAAGCUAGAAGCAGCACAGAAUGUCUUGUUUUGCAAAGAGCUCUUUAAUCAGCUAGCAAAGGAAGCUGUGCAGCUUCAAGCACCAAUCCCACAUAUGGUUGUUGGAAACCAAAUUAUGGCUAACGUGCUACCAGGCAUUCAGCUGAUUAUUGGCCUGUGCCAUAACACAGGAACAGACAAAAAACCUGCUGCUGCUCCACCACAAAAGUCAGAACAUGAUCAUGUGUUGGAGCAUUCCUUACAUCAGUUGUUACGUGAAGUUCACCAUCGUAACACCCACCAUCCGUUUCCACAUCCAGCAUCUGGCCCUCUCGGCCCCAGCAAACGGAGAGCUCUUGCUGGUCCUACUGCUGCAGAUCGCCAUGAGCUGCAGGAGAUGGCAAAAUCGCAGACUCUUUUGGAGCAAAUAAUUCAGCAAGCUCAACACUUCUUCAUGCGUCUGCGGACAGAAUAUGUAUUGGAUACUAUUGCAAAAGAAGUGAAGGAUCCACUCAUUAUAUCACACUGGAAUGCUUUAAAUUCUCCGACUCAGUCAUGUGUAAAAAUAAACAUUAUGACUCAUGGGUAUGACGCAGUGUGCCGGACUUCUCUCAUUGUGCAUGUAGGAGAGAAGUCUCUCAAAUGUGUCUGUCGUGAUGGUCGAGUAAUGCACAUGUCGUAUGAGCCCCAGGAGUUACGUGACCUUAUUUUCUGUCAGAUUUAUCAGCAUCAGAUAGCUGCAGUGCAGAGCCUGGCGAAGCGCAUGGGCUGGCAGUUCUUAUCUAAUAGCUCACAUCUCGGACUUGGUGCUGUGGAGCCUCUAGGAAAUGCUAGUAGCUGCAUUCUCGCCUCCCCAAUUGGAGACAGGAUGAUUGCUGUAAGAUGUGAGCCACAGACAGGAGUUCAGGUUUCUAUUGCACAAUCACCAAGGAAAGACUUCUUCCCUGGUCAGUUGGUGAAAGAGCGGAAGUGGGAGAACUUGGGAGGUAGCUUCAAAGAAGUACGAUGGGACAAGAUGGAAGGAAAGAACUUCCUUAACAAAAUGGAGCUCCUCAUGGCCAGUCUUACAAGUUCCUAGGUCCUACCAAUGUGUUUUACUGACAUUUCUGUUAUGCAUCCUGAUCCUGCUGAACACAAACAUUUGUACUUCUUUUGAUGUUCAGCUUUCGAUCUGUGAGGAUUCAGUGAAACAAAAGAAAGGACUCUUCUUGAAAUGACUUUUUAUGGAUUAAUUUUUAACUCAGUCUUCUUUUGUAAAAAUAGGAGACUUUAAGAGUGUGUGAAAUGAGAGAUUGCAAUUGAUUUUAAUCGGCGUCAGAAAUGCAAGGUAUCACUAAGUUAUUGUACACAAGACAUUCCAUACUCUGCGCAGUUUUUGGGAAUUGUAUAAGAUGUUUCUACUAAUGCUGUCUCCUUGUCAAAACUAUUAUUGACGUUUUUGGAGUUUCUGAGUUCCUUUUCAGAUAUACACAUAUUUGUUCAGUGUUCAUUUGCAUAUUUUGGCAUAAAAUGACUUUGUAGGAGUGAAUUUCUUAUGGUUAUUAAGUAAAGAGUAAUCAGUGUAGUAGUCUUCUCUUGCAAUUUAUCACAAUUUGAAACCUGAUGUGUAGAGCGUAAAAUGAUGAAAAACCUUUUCAAUGGAGAACAAGAGGUUAGCUUUGCUGUCCUAUUUUUGUGUAUUCAAACAUUUAAGGUUUGUGUUGAUUAAUUGAGUAUUGGUAACAGCAAUGCAAUUCAAGGUAUACAGAAUGCUUACUAUUUGUGAUAUUACUGAGAAAUUAGGUGCAGUAUGAAAUUGUGAUAAAUCAACACUGAAGUUGUGAGAAUUAAACAUGAUUAGCACUGCGUGUCAGAAACAGAGGGGACAAAUGAGCAGAAAAAAACUUUUCAGGUGAUGUUUGUGGCGUCAUUAUGCCAUUGCUUUAAAAUUUGGUUGACUAAACCACUGUUAUUUCCAAUCAUUGCUCUUGGAAGUCAUUGCAAGCAGUAUUUAAAAGAUCUUAAGUGAUUGGAACCAUUUCUUUCUUUCAUGUUUCUGGCUGCUUACAGUAUUCAGACCCUCACUUAACAGGACACAGGUGAAGAUAAGACUGAUAUAGACGAAUUGCGGUUUAAAAAUAAAGAACCGUAUCACCUGAGCUGUGGUCUAUCAUCCAAUAAUUUACAAGAAAUUGUGAAAUUAUGUUGACCAAUAGUCUCACUGCACAAGAGCUACAAGAUGGAGACGUUGAUGGUAACACAUUUUGUCAUCACAACUAGAUACUGAUGAUCAGUAUUGCUACUGGAUAUGACAAAUGAAAGGGGGCAGAAGCAGAUUUUUGUACUGCACUGUGGUAUUUGUUUUGAACAGCUAAAUAUAUUUUUUUUUGUAUUGCUGCAGUAUAACCCAAAUAAUGAGCAUUGAAUGCAAUUGCUGUUCAGUGCUUACCUAUUUUGUGAGGUGACACAGUUCACACAAAAAAGUUUUUUGUUUCAUGCAAUGUGAUUGUUCAUUUGUAUAUACUAAAGAUAUUUAGGCAUUUGAGUUGUAAACAGUAACAUCAUAUUUUCUCGAUUGAAUUUUCCUUUGUUAAAUUGUGUACUGAACAUAUGAAAUUGUUUUCAUUUUAUUCUGUAAAAGCUAUAAUAAGAUGUCCAUUUAUCUUACAUUUGUGGAUAAUUUAUGAAAAGUACAAUUGCAUUUGAAUUGAUUGUCUGAGUGAUAUGCCAAUGAAAAUUGUGGCACAGAUAUGUAACAUUUUAACAUAGAGAGAAACUGAGUUUAAAUGACAUGGAGCAGGGAAUAUGUAUAGUAAAAAUAAGCUGGGUUGGAUGAAAAAAAAUGAGAAUUUAGACUGUACUGUUCAUCAUGUAUUAUUCACAUAGCUUAAACUGUUGUUAUUGGUCACUUAUUGCUAUUUGUGCUGUUUAAGGUGAUCUAAUUGUAGAGAGAUGGUAAAUGUCUAACACACAAUGCAAAUUUGAUGUAAUCUAGAACUGUGCAUUAUUUACCAAACUAUUAAUUGCAAAAGAAUUUUGUUUAACAUGAUGAACCAUCAGUUUGCAUUUUUUGCUGCUCUUUUUUUUUUUUUAGUUCAAUAUUAUAGAAAGUAUGUAAACUUUUGCAUGAUUUGAGAGAGAUAAAUCACAUGCCGUGCACAUGGUAUCAAAGUGUGUGAGUGAAUAAGGAUGUUUACACUUUCAUUUUAUGUCCAGACUUGUUUUUGGAAAACUAGGCAUAGUUCAUCAAAAAUAAUUGGAGAACUGUUUUAUCUCAGAGGAUGCAAUUUAGUAAAAUGAUAAAUCCAUCAUUUAUCACCAUUCAAAAAAGACACAGUUAUACAAAUCAGAUGACAUGUAUUUUCAUUUAUAUUGCAUGUAAUGUAGAAUCUUACAUAUUUGCAAUUUUGGCAUAUCAUGGAAAGUACAAUAGACAGUUUGAUAUUAAUUUGUAGCAUUACUGUGAGAGAAUUACUAUAGAUAAAAUAUGAUGGUGUGAAUAUUGAGUUGUAAGACAGUUUUAUGUCACAUUAUAUACCUUGCUUGUAGUCCUCUUAUUUUGUACUCUUCCAAUGUACACAUGAAAGUAUGCUGUGGUCUCACACAUUUCUUGAGAUUUUGGUGUCUGUUUGUAUCCCUUAUUUAGCUUACAUCGUGUCAUGUCCGGUACAUAAAUAAUUAUAAUUGUGGCUGAGAUCAUGUACUCAGUGUUAGUUGGUUUUUAUUUGCUCAUCUGCUUUUGUGGUCCUUGGUUGCUGUGUUGAACAAAAUUCAUUUCAAUUUUUUGAUCAAAAUUAAAAUUUAUUAGACCAAUUGCUGCAGCAAGUCACAAAUGUCAUAGUAUGAUAGUGUCUAUUGCAGGCUGUAAUUAAUGCUUUUAUCUUGUAACAGUGACAUUGUCUCAGCAUACAUGUCAUUUGGGUGCAAACAGCAAAUAAUUAUGAGUGUUUCACAUGUCUCACAAGAUUUAGAUACUGUUCAUAGUAACAACAGCAAGAAAUGCUAUGUUCUCAGCAAAGUUACCUCUGUCAUUUAUCCAUUCGUCUCUCUCUCUCUCUCUCUCUCUCUCUCUCUCUCUCUCUCUCUGUGUGUGUGUGUGUGUGUGUGUGUGUGUGUGUGUGUGUGUGCGUGCGUGCGUGCGUGUGCGUGUUCUUGGUGCCAUGAUUGUAUAUUUCAUGGCAUAUUUUUCUACCUCAUUUGUGCAAGAAUUCAUUUGGAGAAUUUAUUCAUUAAUUUAUGUUUCAGUCUUGUCUGUUAAUGUAAAGUACUUUGCUUACCAUUCAUUAGAACCCAAGAAUUGUCAGUAGCAGUACAACAGCCGAUACUUCAAAGGUGAGCUGCAGUUGGCAAAAAGGGAGGUGAGAUUCUGUGUGUAUGAAAAGUGAAUGAAACAUACAGAAGGAAAUGGACUGAGUAAUAGUGAUACUAAGAUGAACAAAUGAACUAUGCAUUUUCUUUAGAGCUUCUGAAUUAGUCCAUGUCAUGCUCCAAAAGUGUCAAAGAAAAACAAAAUAAUUCACUUAUGUAUUGCUUGUAGUUGUCAGCGACAGAGUGCUGGACUACAGUGUGAGAUAUUUAGGCCUACCAUGAUAUUGUCUUCUUGUUAUUUUUUAUGUCCGACUGUACUUAGAUAAGUGAUGACUGAAUUUUUGAACCAUUGUUCUGUGUAUCUGUAUGUAUUUAGAAGUGUAUUUGUAAAUAAGAGAGUGUGAUGUAUCUAAUGUUUUUUGUGCACAA